UUCAGCUCAAUGAUAGAUUAUGUUUGGACCAACUAUAACCAUCAUUUGUCUCUAUACAACCCAAAUCAUGAAAGACACUCGAGACUAAGAAAGAAGGAUCUGAUCUAUGAGGAAUACAAUGCCAAACUGAAGACCAUUCAGAGCAUACAAUAUUUUUCCAGAACAAUCAUUAUUUCUUCUCAUCUUCAUGAGUUCCACCAUAGCCACGGAUUCCCAUGGUUUGUCAGAUUCUUGGACAAUAGGGGAGCGCGUGUGUGCGGCGUUGAUGCCACUCAUAGCGGUGGUUGAGGUUUUGAUUUUGACUGUGACAGGUUGUUUCAGCUAUUGCCCAUGCAUCAGCAUUAUUGAUCAGAACCAUAAAUGUACCUAUACUGCUAAGGACUUCGCAAUCCUUGCUGAUGAAACCAGAUUUACAGUUGAAGAAGUGGAGGCAUUGCAUGUGUUGUUUAAAAGGUUAAGUAGCUCCCUGAUUGAUGAUGACUCGAUUCACAAGGAGGAGCUUCAAUUGGCACUGUUUCAGACCCCAUAUGGGAAAAAUCUUUUCCUAGAUCGAGUUUUUGAUGUUUUCGACCAAAAAAGAAACGGUGUAAUCGAGUUUGACGAAUUUGUCCACGCCCUCAGUGUUUUCCAUCCAUAUGCCCCCAUGGAUGAAAAAAUUGAUUUUGCAUUUAAGCUCUAUGACUUGAGGCAAACUGGGUUUAUCGAGCCAGAGGAAGUCAAGCUAAUGGUUGUAGCCAUUUUGAUAGAAUUUGACAUGAAUCUUCCUGAUGAUCUUCUUGAAGCAAUUGUUCACAAGACAAUUGCUGAUGCGGAUAAAGAUAAUGAUGGUAAAAUCAGUAGAGAAGAUUGGAAAGCUUUUGUGAGCCGAAAUCCAUCCCUCUUGAUAAACAUGACACUUCCUUAUUUGAAGGAUAUCACCAGUGUGCUUUCGAGUUUUGUUUUCAAAACGGAGGCAAAACCUUGAGAUCAAUUUGUUUUGUUAUUUUGGCAUCAAGAUGCUUUUUGUUUGAGGUGAAUAAUUGUGAUGCCCUAUUGCAAAACAGAAAUGUUUUGUGAACAAACAAGCAGGGCUUUUUUAGGGGAAUUGAGAUCCAAAUUAGUUAGGAAAGGGUCCAUUAAUAGAUUAGAAGUUGUAAAUUAUUAGGAAUAUAUGCAAUAAGAAAUAACUUAUUUCUAUAUUGGUAAAUCUGUAUUAGUAAAUUUGUAAAAGAAAAUAACUGAUUUUGUAUUAGUAAGUAGUUCUUUAGUAGAAACUGCAUGAUGCCAGUUAUACAUAGAACAUAAUGGCUAGCAGAUAUGUGUAUCAUGAGUAUAUAUCUGAACAAUCAAUCAAUGGUUAACAUCCGAUCAUUUUGUAUUUUCUUUUCU